GGUUUGGUUUGUGUCUUCAACAAAGCGCAAAAAAGGGUUUUCGCUCAGUACUCACUCGGUUCCUUCACACUCUCGCUGAUCAUCAAUGGCUGAACGCGCCACUUCCGAUACUCGCCUCAACCUCUCUGCUGCAUCUCCAUUGCAGAUCUCCAAAGAUGUCCAAGGAUCUGACAAUGCUAUUCCACUCUCACCACAGUGGCUUCUGCCAAAGCCAGCUGAGAGUAAACCUGGAAUAGGAUCUGUGGAGAACCAUUUGGUCUCAAAUAGACCAUUUGGCAAUCGCUCAGAGACUGUUAAGACAUCUGGAAAUGGAGAGGAUGUGCUUGAUGCCCAUAAGAGAAAGGAUGUCUUUAGGCCGUCCAUGUUUGACACAGAAAGUGGACGUCGUGAUAGGUGGCGUGAUGAAGAAAGAGACACUAAGUCCUCCAUACGCAAGGAUUGUUGGAGGGAUGGGGACAAAGACCUGGGUGAUUCUCGCAGAGUGGAUCGAUGGACAGAAAAUUUGCCAGUGAGGAACUUUGGAGAAGCACGUCGAGGUCCAUCUGAUAAUCAUAAACGGAAUGAUUCAGGAAACCGAGAAACUAACUUUGAUCAGCGGCGUGAGAGUAAGUGGAACACACGCUGGGGUCCUGAUGAUAAGGAGCCAGAAGGCACUCGUGAGAGAUGGAGUGACCCUGGAAAAGAUGGUGAUAUACACUUGGACAAAGGCUUGUCUCACAUUUCCAAUCAUGGAAAGGAUGAGAAGGAGGGAGACCAUUAUCGGCCUUGGAGACCUAACUAUUCACAAAGCCGUGGAAGGGUAGAGCCUCCCCAUUCCCAAAAUGCAACUCCAAACAAGCUAGUUUCAACAUUUUCCUAUGGGCGUGGGCGUGGGGAGAAUACACCCCCAGUCUCUAGUCUUGGACAUGGUCGGGCUGGUUCUGGUGGUAGCUUUUUAAAUAGCCCAUACUCUGGAACUGCAAUGGAACAAAUUGAAAGUGGGCAUGAAGAUCCUUGUCCCUUCAGAUAUAAUCGGACAAAAUUGCUUGAUGUGUACAGAGUGACUAAUAUGGGUACAAAUAGAAAACUACUUGAUGAUUUUGUGCAGGUUCCUAAUCUUACUCAGGAUGAACUGUUGGAGCCUCUAGCUCUUCUGGCACCACAUUCUGAGGAACUGUCUGUCUUAAAGGGUAUUGACAAAGGCGACAUAACUAGCAGCAGUGCACCUCAGGUGCCAAAAGAUGGAAGGGGCUCUACAGAUUUUACACAUACAAGACGAAUAAAGCCUGGAAGUGCACCUUUCCAAGAUAAAGUUGAAGAUGGAGGCUCUUACAAAAUGUCUGAUGAGGUAUCCCGUAAUAGAGAUACAUCUCUUGAUGCAAUUAGUGCUGCUCAUCCUGGUGCAUGGCGAACAUUGCCGUCGGGUGAACAUGCUAGCACCCCAUUUCAUGAUAGCAGAGAUGUACCAAGUGAUGUUAGAUUAAGAAAAUCUGAUUUGAGCUCACACCAGCUAAAAGAUCCUCAUAAUCAGUGGGAAAAUAAUUUGGGUUAUUUAUCUGACACCAAAGAAGUAGGUAAGUGGCAAGCUAGUGAAGAUCCUGUUAUUAAGAGGCAGCUUUCUGGCAUUUUGGACAGUGAACUUGAAAUCAGGAGAGUUCUGCAGACUGCCCCCGAGGAGUUAUCCCUUUUCUAUAAAGAUCCUAAGGGUCAAAUUCAAGGUCCAUUUAAAGGAAUUGAUAUUAUUGGAUGGUUUGAGGCAGGAUAUUUUGGUAUUGAUUUACCUGUUCGUCAGGAAAAUUCAUCAGCAGACUCACCAUGGUUGUCUCUUGGUGAUGUCAUGCCCCAUUUACGAGCCAAAGCCCGACCACCACCAGGGUUUUCUGCACCAAAACCAAAUGACAUUACAGAUAUACCUGGCCGGCAAAUUACCAGUACAUUUGGGAAUGCCCUUACUGGUUUGAGUGAGGUUGACAUAUUAACAAGUGAUUCCAGGCAUAGACAGAGUUCUGAUACUGAAGCUGAAAAUAGGUUUUUGGAGUCACUUAUGUCCGGUAACAAGAGUGGUCCUCCUGUUGAUAGCCUGGGAUUAUCAGAAGGAUUACAAGGGUUUGUUGGAAGUAAUCCUGGUAGUAUUGGCCCAUCAGGAGUAGAUAGUGGAAACAACCUAUACAUGCUUGCAAAGAGGAUGGCACUUGAACGACAAAGGUCCUUACCAAAUCCUUACCCAUUUUGGUCGGGGCGUGACACAGCUUCAUUUGCUCCGAAAUCAGAUAUCCCAGAUGCAUCAUUGCAUGCAAAACUCUUGUCUUCAGUGAGUGAUAACUCCCGUCAACCUCAGUCCCAAACUUCGGAGUUGAUGUCAAUCAUCCAUGGAUUAUCUGAUAGGACAUCUGCAGGCUUAAAUAAUGGUGCUGCUGGAUGGCCAAAUUAUCCCUUGCAAGGUGGAUUGGACCCCCUGCAGAGUAAAAUUGAUGUAAUUCAUGAUCAGAAUUUUCCUCAAGUGCCGUUUGGAAUUCAACAACAAAGGUUGCCUAUACAAAACCAAUUGUCUUUAAGCAAUUUACUAUCUCAAGCUGCUGAUAACCCAUCUAACACUAUAACAGCAGAGAAGCUACUUUCAUCUGGUUUGUCACAAGAUCCACAAAUAUUAAAUAUGUUGCAACAGCAAUAUUUGUUGCAGUUGCAUUCUCAAGCAGCUGCUCAAGCACAGCAGAUUCCCUUGUUAGAUAAACUCCUGCUGCUGAAGCAGCAGCAGCAGAAGCAGGAGGAGGAGCAGCAGCAGCAGUUACUUCGACAACAACAUCAACAACUUCUAUCCCAAGUGUUGCAAGACCAACAAUCUAGCCAGCUUUUUGGCAAUUCUUUUGGGCAGUUGCAAGGUGUAUUACCAAUGGGGAAUUUGCGAGUGGAUCCUUCUCAACUUCAACCACCACAAGAGAUCUUUUCCACUACCUCUCAGACUCCAAUUCCCAAUGUGCAUGAGCAUAAUUCCAAUUCUUUGAAUUUACCUCUGAAAGCUAGCCAAGACACAAGUUAUAAUGUAAGCAGUGAUGCUGCUUCUAUACAUCUUCCACAUCAAUUAUUUGGGGAUACUAGUCCUCAGAAUAAUUGGGGCCCUAAUCUUACUGAACAGAAUAAUGAAAUGUAUCAGAAGGAAAUAUUCCCAAUACCAACUCUUGUUGAGAGUUCUCCAUUGCUUGAUCAGAACCGAUCCAGAGAGGAACCCCAUGUUGUGCAGGAACCUGUUUCUGACCACAUUGCUAAGCCAAUGGAGCAGGUGCCAGAUGGGCAUUCUGGGCCUAAUGGUAUUGUUGUAAGUGCAACUUCUAAGCAGGGUGAGAAUACGGGACAUCUACAGUCAGUUGUACCUGCCAUAGGUAUAUCUUCAGCUGGAUCUAUUGAAAUACCACAGGCAAGUGAUCUUGGUGUGGAGGUAAAGAUCAAAUCAAAUAUUGUGCGUCAAGGGCAGCAUGCUGGAAGAGACAGUUCUGUAUCUGAACCCUCUCUGGGAGAUGUGCGAAAUGUUGAAGGAGGUGAACCCAAAAAGGUUACUGAAAAGAAAUCUAAGAAGCAUAAAUCUACUAAAUCUCAGUCUGCUGAUCAAUCCAAGGGAGUGACAAAAACUGUCACUGUGCAGCCGUCAAAGCUGUCAGAGGUUGAAGUGCCAAAUUUGAUCAAGUUGGGGAAAGCCAACAAGGAUGAACCAGUACAUGAAACAAAUCUGCAACAAAGAGGUCAGGGAAAUCAGACUGGAAUUGUGGUCCCAGAGGCAGCUGAUCAUCAAGAAGCUAGUGGCCUGCAUGCUACUGUUACUGGAAGCAUCACUGAAACUGUUGAUGUGGGUGAGGCUAAGGCAGCUGGCUCUGUUCUGACACAUAAAACUGAUUUACCUACAGGACGUGCAUGGAAACCUGCUCCAGGUGUAAAGCCAAAAUCUUUCUUAGAAAUUCAACAGGAAGAACAGAGAAAGGCUGAGACAGAAAUGCUUGUACCAGAUAUCACUGCUUCUGUCAAUUCAGUGAGUCUGAUUACUCCCACUGCCUGGGCUGGGGUUGUGGCAAAUCCAGACUCUGUGAAGGUAUCCAGUGAAACUCACAAAGGAGGCAAUACAGAAUAUCCUGUUAAAUCUGAGACUUCUCAAAAUCUCAAGAACAAGAAAAGUCCACUACAUGAUCUAUUAGCAGAAGAAGUUUUGAAGAAAUCUAAUGAACUAGAUGUUAAGGUUCCAGAUGAUAUAUUGCCUUCUCAUAAUUUAACUGUGCAAUCAGAAUCGCUAGAUGAUAGCAACUUUAUUGAGGCAAAAGAUUCUAAAAGAAGCCGUAAAAAGUCAUCAAAAUCAAAGGGAUCAGGGACAAAAACUUCAGUGCCUGUUGCAUCUACUGAGGUAACUAUAGUUUCAAGCCCCAUUGAAAAGGGUAAAAGCUCUCGUGCUGCACAGCAGGAGAAAGAAGAAUUGCCUGCCAUCCCUGCAGGACCCUCUCUGGGAGACUUUGUUCUUUGGAAAGGAGAGCGAGAACCACCAAGCCCAUCUCCUCCUCCAGCAUGGUCUACUGAUUCUGGUAGGGUUCCUAAACCAACAUCAUUAAGGGAUAUUCUGAAGGAGCAGGAGAAAAAGGCCCCAUCUGCAGUGCCCUCAAACCCAAUGCCUACCCCUCAGAAAUUUCAGCCUAACCAGGCUACAUGGAGUAGCACUUCUUCACGGUCAAUUUCAGCUUCCUCUCCCUCCAAAGCUGCUUCUCCGAUUCAGAUAAAUUCCCAAGCUUCUCAAUCAAAAUACAAAGGGGAUGAUGACUUGUUCUGGGGUCCAAUGGAGCAUUCUAAGCAAGAAACUAAGCAGUCAGAUUUCCCCCAGCUUGUAAGCCAGGGGAGCUGGGGGUCAAAAAAUGUGGCGUUGAAAGCUAAUUCGCCUGGAUUAUCGCGACAAAAAUCAGUGAGUGGCAAACCAACUGAACGGUCUCUAUCAUCAUCACCUGCCUCUUCUCAAUCAGUGCUGAAACUGAAGAAAGAUGCCAUGACGAAGCAUUCUGAGGCCACGGACUUCAGGGAUUGGUGUGAGAAUGAGUGUGUUAGGCUUAUUGGGACAAAAGAUACAAGUUUCCUUGAAUUUUGCUUGAAGCAAUCAAGAUCAGAAGCUGAGAUGCUUCUCAUAGAAAACCUUGGAUCAUAUGAUCCUGACCAUGAAUUCAUUGAUAAAUUCCUCAAUUAUAAGGAGUUGUUACCAUCAGAUGUUUUGGACAUAGCUUUUCAGAGUAGGAAUGAUAAGAAAGUUACUGGACUUGGUGCUGCAAAUGCAGAUAUACAGGAUGUGGACCACACUGAAGGAUCCUCUAAAGGAAUUGGAAAGAAGAAGGGUAAAAAGGGGAAAAAGGUCAGCCCUUCAGUUUUGGGAUUUAACGUUGUGAGUAACCGGAUCAUGAUGGGUGAGAUCCAGAGUGUAGAAGAUUAAGAUUUAUGGUUGUUACGGUAGAUGUAAAUACAUUUUGGUCGUACUUUGUACAUGUUUUUCCCCCGUUGUAGGAGUUUUAUGUUCUUUUUUAUACAGAAAUAGCAGCAGCAUUUAUUGGAUCUGCUUAACCAAUUUUGUGAUCUAAUUUAGGAGUUGUUUUGACGUUUGAUCGAACUGGGAAUGAUAUGAUCUUCUGUCAACCUUAACGUUAUUCAAUUCAUUUUUCAGUUUUCAACUGCCUUGUGGUGUGAAUACUGUUUUGUGAUU